AGGGUCUUAGCGGCAAUCCUGUAGGGUUUCGAAGAGCAUCGUUAUAAUGCCUUGGGUACCCAUUCAAUUCCUAUUGCGUCCAUUGGUUCCUUAUUUAACGCUGUUUAAUGGUGGAUUCUGUUCUCAUCGUUUGAAACAUCUUGAAAAAAGUGAUCGACGUGGUAAUCUUAGUUAACCUUAGGGUUUGAUCACCUUCUAUUACUGUUUUCCUUUGUUCUUCUUCUAGGGUUCUUGGUUUCUUUUUCCUUUCUUUUUGUCUUCGUCGCCAGAGGAUAGGACUACUACUGAGGAAUUUGGUUACAAGGUUACUAUUGUCUGUUGCCUUGACAUCAUCGAAGCUUUUGGUUACAGCAAGAUGGAGAACAGCUCUCACUGGCACAAGCCAGUCUCUGAUUUAGACAGUCCAUGUGGCAAAUCUCGUGGGAAGCAACAUUUCCAUGAAACUGCUGAUGAUUUGGUGAAUCACUUUGAGAGCAAUCUUGAUAAGUUCUUGAAUACUGAAGAACAAGAUGCAUCUGAUGUGGAUGACGACAGCAAUGCAGAAGAGGAAUAUGCGGAGGAGGAUUAUGACGAUCUUAGUCCAUACCAGGGUGAAGUUGGCCAGAAGGUCUUGAGCAAGAGUGCAACUUUUCCAUGUAAUGCUACGAUGCUAUCUUCUAUCUCAUCUCCAAAUGAAGAAGAUGAUGAUCCUGAAACAGCUUUACAGCAGUUGUUCUCAGAAGAGCCGAUACAACGUUCAACAUCACUGCCUCUUGUAUCUGCCAUGAAGGGAAGCCGGGAGAAACAGGGGCUACAACCCAGGAAGCUCACUGUGAAUUGGGCCCCUGAUGUGUAUGAUCCUCCCCCUACCUCUUUAUCACACUGUAUCAGUAGAGGCACAAAACUGCAGAAGUGCAGGAAAGGGAAGAGUAAUGAUGAGUAUAACAACAAGAAGAAAAAUGGAAAGAAAGGGCAGAAAGGUAACUUUUCGAGGGGCAAAGAGAAAAAGCAACAACUGCGCAAAGCGGCUGGAAAUGACAAAUCUCAUAGAUCAUUGGAUGCUUGUCCUGAUGAUGGUUUUGGUAUAGGUAGCCCAGACUACUGUGGGGGCAGCUUCCUCAAGAAAUCAGUUUCCAAUAUGCAUUAUUCGGUGGCCGAGGCUUUGUGAGCUUUAUGUCUGCGUUCAGAACAUUCUAUCCGGCUUUGUGGAUAAAUAAGUUGUGUUAUAUGUGACAUUUGGUUAACUUUGGAUGUUUUCUCGAGUUGGAAAAUACAUUUGUUUUUGUUUUUGUUUUUUU